AUGGCAACAGCUAUAACAGAUCGAUUCCAAGACGAGGGAAAGGAUGAGCAUAGCUUGCUGGUUGCCAGUUUCUAUCGAGCUGGCGAUUCAUUUUGUGCCCAUGAGAAUGACUUUACCUUCAUCGUGCUUUACCUCCACGAUCAGCAUGGAUACGGAUGGAAACGGGUUGGUGCAAUUGAUGUCGUCCAAAGCGGACCCGAAGCGCAGCAUUAUGUGGAAAAAUCUUUGGGUCUUUUGAUUCCGGAGGAGCCGAACUGGACGACCUUCUCUCAAUGGAUAAAUGAAUGCACAAGCCACGGAGCUCAAUGCUCUGUAUCCGCCUUGGACCCCCAACCAACGGGCUUCAGACUCAUUGAUGUCGACAAUUUCUGCGUUGUUCGGCCCCCACCUCUGUCUGAAUAUGCCGCCUUAAGCUAUGUUUGGGGUAACACUACCUUUUUUCGAGCAACGCUUGAAAACAUCAAUACACUUGAAAGGAAAGACAGCCUUUUGAGUGUCGAUCUCCCAGCCACUAUCAAGGAUGCCAUGGUGGCCUGCCGUCGACUCGGAAAGAACUACCUAUGGGUUGAUGCACUUUGCAUCGUACAAGAUGAUAUGGAAAUGUUGAACGCACAAAUAAAUCAGAUGAACCUUAUAUACAGCCAUCCCUCCUUCACGAUCGUAGCAUGUGAAGGAAGCGACGCAAAGUACGGUCUCCCGGGUCUCUCACGAAAACGUAUGCCGGAGCUCAAGCUACCAUGGGGCAACAUUGAACUCAUCGAACAACCACAGACACUGUAUAAUUCUCUUACAUGGUCCAUAUGGAAUUCCCGAGCAUGGACAUACCAAGAAGCUAUUUUUUCGAAAAGAUUACUCUUCUUCCGUAAUACGUCUGCGGCCUUUGAAUGUACCUCGUCCAAGGCGCUUAAUGAAGCUGGGAAAGCAGGCGAUGGGACCGGCCAUGUCUUUGGUCGCCAACGUGAUCUUGGAUUUGACUUCUUCCGAGCUGUAAAUGGCUACAGUUCUCGAGAUAUAAGUAAUGACGAGGAUGUCCUGCAUGCUUUCAGUGGUAUCAUAAAUUACCUCUAUGGAGACCAACACAUCUACGGGAUGCCAUUGCGGGAAUUUGACGCUGCCGUGCUUUGGGUUGACUUCCAAUGUAUUCAUGUACAUCGAACCACUCAAGGCGAAGACAUGUUUCCAACCUGGUCCUGGGCAUCUCUACACGGUUCAAAGUAUAUUAUCGAUGAUAUUGAUAUUGGCGCAAGUCUUGCGUCCUGGGCUUUUGUACAAACCGAUCUAGCCGGUAAUCAUGUUGUUGUCCCCAUCCGCUCAUUCCCAGAACAGUCAGAAAGGAGCUGGUCAUUUCGAGAGAAUGAUGACGUCCAAAACCUCGCGUCAUUAGGUGCGGCCAUAGCCUGGAGGGAAGGCAGCUUUAAAAGAGACCCUCCGUCUUUGCUUUUGGAUCGGAAAAUCCCUUGGUCACAAUUCAAAUCAUUCGUCUUAUCCCGGUGGCCGACAUACGAACAGUUCUGGCAAGAAUCUCGAGGCGAAAAUGCCUAUGUGGAAGAGUUCUCAGCCGAAGAUAUCCAGCUUGCUUCAUUUCCUAACCGUAUCCUGGUAUACACACAAUCUGCAACGCUUUGGCUUGUUCCUUCCCGUGAAGAUGAUAUUGAACCUACAAAAGUCUACAUUCGAAAUGCCAAAGGGAAGAAAAUGGGGCGAGCAAUACUUCAGGAAAACAACUACAAAGCCUUAUUUCCAUCUAUGGGUUCCGAUGAAGAAAUACAAAUGGAAUUUAUUGCUCUUUCGACUUCCAUCAUCGCAUACGAAUGGACCCCGGAUCCAAGCUCUUGGCAUGCGGAUAAGGGCCUGCCAGACCCGAAAGAUGAGGAGGCUGAUGCAAUGUAUUUCCGAAAUGACCAAGGAGAGCUGUUAAUAAAUAGAGAAGGCGCUCCAGAGCUUAUCAUGAUGAACGUUAUGAUGGUCGAGCAAAGAAAUGGGGUCUAUCGGCGCUUAGCUUUGGGUAUAGUUUCAUUCAAGCUAUGGAUAGAGUCUUGUCCGGUAUUGAAGUCGUUUGUUUUAGAGUAG